ACAGUUCCCGCUCACACACACACACACACACACACUCAGGGUCGGGGGAGGUCCCUGCAAAGACAGAAGCGAGCCUCAGAGAGCAGACGGGAACAGGAUGGAGGUUCUGAAGGUUCUGCUGGUUCUGGUUCCUCUGCUGCAGUGCUCAGAGUGUGUGCGGUGUUUCACUCGCUUUGACCUGGCUCUGGCUCGCUGUGAUGAAGAGCUCGGUGAGGUCGAGGAAGACGACUGCUGUAUGAACCCUGAUAACGGUUUCCAAGUGACGGGAGGAGUGUGUCAGUCCUGUAGCCCUCCGGUCUGGUCCCCCUGGUCUCCCUGGUCUGAGUGUACGGUGCUCUGCGGGGAGGGCGUGACGAUGAGGAGCAGGAAGUGUUUCGGGAUCGGAGAGUGUGAGGGCGCUGCGGACAAACUGCAGACUAAACCCUGCAACAACACCUGCUGUAACGGUGAGGGGUGGGGUCCCUGGCUCUCCUGGUCCUCCUGCUCAGUUACCUGUGCAGGUGGAGGAGUGAGGAGGAGAGAGAGAGAGUGUUCUGCUCCCCCUCAGUGUCUCUCGGCCUGCAGCGGGGCUUCAGAGGAGACAGAGGCGUGUCCACCCCUCAGCGCCUGCCCAGUUCCCGGUGGGUGGUCCCGCUGGUCCGACUGGGGUCUAUGUUCUGCUUCCUGCAUCGACGAAAAGCUGGGCGUCGCCAUGCCGACCAGACAGCGCCAUCGCUUCUGCUCUAGCCCCGCCCCCUCCAGUGACACCAUCCCCCCCGGCCCCGCCUGCCCCGGAGAACGCCUGCAGAGCCAGACCUGCAGCCACCUGCCCAACUGUGCAGUGGAUGGCGGCUGGGGGGCGUGGUCUCAACCCAGGCCGUGCUCCAUCUCCUGUGGGGAGGGACUCCAGCUGUCAAUCCGGAGGUGUGACAGCCCCGCCCCCAAAUAUGGAGGCCGACUCUGCGAUGGACCGAGCGCCAAGAGCAGCGUCUGUCAGACUCCCUGUCCAGUGGACGGGUUCUGGUCCGGUUGGUCGGUUUGGGGUGAGUGUUCGUCUUCCUGUAUCCCAGAAGGCCCAGCGCCCGUCAGGGCUCGCCACCGCUUCUGCUCUAACCCCGCCCCCUCAUCCAGUCCGCCCGGCAACAGCUGCCCUGGAGACGGCACGGAGACGGAGACCUGCAACCACCUGCCUCACUGCGCAGUGGACGGAGGUUGGGGGUCAUGGUCCGCCUUCUCUUCCUGUCCUGUUACCUGUGGGGUGGGGCUCCAGGUGUCCGUCAGAAGGUGUGAUAGCCCCGCCCCCAAACACGGGGGACAGCCCUGUGCUGGGGAGGGACGUCGAACCAGCGUCUGCAACACCAACGUCCACUGCCCAGUGGACGGGGUGUGGUCCCAGUGGUCGGAGUGGGCUCCUUGUCGGUAUCCGUUCAGGGGGAAGGACAUCCACUGUCAGAAGAUCGGGGGGAGUCAGAGCCGGGAGAGGAGCUGUCUCCAUCGAGCCCACAAAGGCACCAUCUGCAGCGGGGAGGCUCUGACCGAGACCAGGGUCUGCUACGACGUGGACAAGUGUUACUUGAAGGGCACCUGGGACGGCUGGGACCAGUGGAGUCUGUGCUCCCCGGCCUGUGGAGAAAGAUCCCAACGCUUCAGGAUGAGAGCCUGCAAACCGGACUACAGCAAAUACAGUCCUACCAUUGGUCGUCAGAGGGAGGAGGCGACCUUUUUCGGGAAGCCGCUGGGCGACUGCGGCCCGACGCCCGAUGGAGGGAGCAAGUUUGAGGUUCAGCCCUGCCUCAACGUCCCCCCCUGCACCUGAAACCUGCGACACGAUGACUUCAACAACUACAAUAAAUAUUAAUGACCGAUAAUGUAAACCAAUUAAAGACAAAAAUAAAAAGAAUGGAUUUAAAACAGA